AUUAUGCUUUGUAAGACAGCAAGUGCAUCGUGCUGGCACUGCUUCUGCUCCGCUCGCCAUUAAGUAAGCCUGUCAGGCAGUGCUCGUAGACCACAUCAAUCCGCCGCAGCGGUGCAGCAACGAUGCGCCGGCUGCUGGCCGCCUGCACACUCAUCCACAGCGCACUGCCCUUUCAGGCCGCGCCGCGGCGCGCCCCGCAGCGGACGCGACGACGGACGCAGCACAGCGCCACCAGCGCGGACUGGCGCGAACGCUGCGACGCGGAAGGCGUCGUGAGCUACUACGACUUCGGCGUCCGACUGAAAGAAGACGGCCACGCCGCCACCGCGCCCAGACAAAGCGCUACAUCAUCCUUCGCGAAAGCGCUCGACGAAGCGCUGAGAGGCGACAGCACGCAUUUACGGGAAGAGCUCGCCAGUGAUGUUGUGUGGCAGCACGGUCUUGGGGAAGCGAAAGGCGCAAAAGCCGCUUUAAAACUUGUGGAGGAAGCCGGGGACUUCUACGACGAUCCACGGUUGGACGUCCUCUCAUCAUCGGACAAUGAAUUCAGGUGGCUCGCGAGCGGGACCCAACCGGUCCAAUGGUCUCCUAGAGUGCUCGUGCAUGGCACUACUACAAUAACGCGGCAAGAUGGCAAAGUAACGCGCGUUAUUGACAGGUGGGACUCGUCCCCGACGGACAUAGGCCUGCAGCAGGUCGCGCCGAAGUUCUGGGACGUCUUCGACCUGUGGGCCACUCCUGUUGCCGAAACGCCCUGUGAAGAAGUACUAAAUGAGUUCAAGUUCAGUAUGGGCCAGGCUCGUUUAGUAAGGUCGCCGGAGCGCUUGUGUCUGGUCUGUUCGCUGGAUGACGUCUCGAACUCGCGGAAGCAGAGAGUGGCCUCAGCUUUACCUGACUUUGUAUUUCUCGCGGACACGCGGUCGCCGACGGACGUGAUAGCGGCAACCACCACACCUUUGUCGGUGUCGAUCGAGGCCCUGCCCCGUGUUGAUGGAGAGCCUCGAAAACGGAGGGUCACGUGGGCGCUGCCGUUGCCCACAGCUUUAGGUCUCGACUUUGCAUCACUCCCGGAGCUGCCUCGUAAGGCAGAGUUGAACGAUGGCGGGUUGGAGCUCGGCGUGGCCGAGAACCCUUCAUUAACAUAUGCUCUACAGCCCGCCAAACUCUAUGUUUGUGCUUCCUAUUCAGGCGAUCCACAGGACGCGGCAGCGGCGCCGCUGCGGAAGGCGCUCGCGGAAGCGGCCGUCGCGCAGGGCCUCUCGUUAGUUCCGGGCGCGAACGGCGGCGCCGCGCCGGCCGUUUUGCGGAAGUGGCGGGCCAAGCUCGGCUACUCCGACGUCGGAGCAUUGGCCUACGCGAUGGAGUCGAACGCGCCCUCGUGGGUUUCAGUGGAUGGGAACGAGCUCUGCGUCGAGGUAAGGCAGUAGUUUCUUU